CAGAUGCAAAGCCAGUGGGGACCUGCCAAGAAGCCAGCCCACAAGGCCAUGGACUCCUCCACGCCAUCAGCUGGAGCAGUGGGCAGCCCCAGGAAUGGAGACGGGAGCAGCCAGGGGAAGGGCGAGGGGUCCCCCGGGCGACCCCCGAGGCUCAGGCGCCCGGACUCCAGUCCUGGGCCUCCGUUUUCCACCCUUGAACAAGUGGCUUCCACCUGUGAGCCAGCUGCCUCCUCUGAAAAUGGAAGCCCCUCAACUCAGAGGGUGUCGCUCUGGGGCGUGGGUCAGGGGCCGGAGCAGGCAGCGAGAGGUGAGAGGAAAGGCUGGGGACCCUCACUUCUCCCUGCCCAAACCCUCGCUCGGGAGCAGACGGCUCCUCUUCCCGCAGGCACCCCUGCCCGGCAGCUCCCUCCAGCCCCCGUCGGGUCCGGGACGUCCUCUGAUGGGAAGGUUCCACCACAUCCGUGGCUGACAGAGCCAGCCCGUCGGAGGCCGGGGGGCGCUCGGGGUAAACAGGAAGCCCCAUCCCUCCCGCACUCUGCUUCACUCCCUCCUCCUGCACCUCCUGCAGCCCGGCUCCCGCGGCCGCGCCUGGUGCCCCUCUGUCUCGCGCCACCUGAGAUGCCCAGGCUGGCCUCUGCCAGGGGUUAGUCUGCCCUCUCCUGGGGCUUCAGAGGCCAAAAGCACCCUGGUGAAGGGUCCAGGAGGCCCAGGAGGGCCCGGGGGGCUCUGCCAGGCCCCUCCACGCCUCUCUGCCCAGCCAGCACGCUCUGGGAAGCAGCCCCCAGGACCGGGGAGGCACAGGUGGCCCCCACCACCCGGAGGAGCAGCUCCUGCCCCUGUCCGGGGGAUGACGGAUUCUCCUCCGCCAGGCCACCCAGAGGAGAAGGCCACCCCGCCUGGAGGCACAGGCCAUGAGGGGCUCUCAGGAGGUGCUGCUGAUGUGGCUUCUGGUGUUGGCAGUGGGCGGCACGGAGCACGCCUACCGGCCCGGCCGUAGGGUGUGUGCUGUCCGGGCUCACGGGGACCCUGUCUCCGAGUCGUUCGUGCAGCGUGUGUACCAGCCCUUCCUCACCACCUGCGACGGGCACCGGGCCUGCAGCACCUACCGAACCAUCUAUAGGACCGCCUACCGCCGCAGCCCUGGGCUGGCCCCUGCCAGGCCUCGCUACGCAUGCUGCCCCGGCUGGAAGAGGACCAGCGGGCUUCCCGGGGCCUGUGGAGCAGCAAUAUGCCAGCCGCCAUGCCGGAACGGAGGGAGCUGUGUCCAGCCUGGCCGCUGCCGCUGCCCUGCAGGAUGGCGGGGUGACACCUGCCAGUCAGAUGUGGAUGAAUGCAGUGCUAGGAGGGGCGGCUGUCCCCAGCGCUGCGUCAACACUGCCGGCAGUUACUGGUGCCAGUGUUGGGAGGGGCACAGCCUGUCUGCAGACGGUACACUCUGCGUGCCCAAGGGAGGGCCCCCCAGGGUGGCCCCCAACCCGACAGGAGUGGACAGUACAAUGAAGGAAGAAGUGCAGAGGCUGCAGUCCAGGGUGGACCUGCUGGAGGAGAAGCUGCAGCUGGUGCUGGCCCCACUGCACAGCCUGGCCUCGCAGGCACUGGAGCAUGGGCUCCCGGACCCUGGCAGCCUCCUGGUGCACUCCUUCCAGCAGCUGGGCCGCAUCGACUCCCUGAGCGAGCAGAUUUCCUUCCUGGAGGAGCAGCUGGGGUCCUGCUCCUGCAAGAAAGACUCGUGACUGCCCGGCGCCGCAGGCUGGACUGAGCCCCUCACGCCGUCCUGCAGCCCCCAUGCCCCUGCCCAACAUGCUGGGGGUCCAGAAGCCACCUCGGGGUGACUGAGCGGAAGGCCAGGCAGGGCCUUCCUCCUCCCCUUCCUCAGGAGGCUCCCCAGGCCCUGGCAUGGGAUGGGCUGGGGUCUUCUCUGUGAAUCCACCCCUGGCUACCCCAACGGCAUCCCAAGGCCAGGUGGGCCCUCAGCUGAGGGAAGGUACGAGCUCCCUGCUGGAGCCUGGGACCCAUGGCACAGGCCAGGCAGCCCGGAGGCUGGGUGGGGCCUCAGUGGGGGCUGCUGCCUGACCCCCAGCACAAUAAAAAUGAAAUGUGA